AUGGAAGAUCUGAAAGGUAAAAAGUGCAUCGGAUGCCAGAAGGCGGCCAAACUUCGGUGUCCGACGUGCAUCAAGAUGUCGCUCCCGGACGCGUUCUUCUGCGAUCAAGUUAUUCGAACACAAACUUCCUUCACAAUCAUUUCCUUUCAGACGUGCUUCAAAGCGUUCUGGCCAAUCCAUAAAAUCUCGCAUACCAGCGCCGACGGACCGUACAAUCCAUGGCCGUGCUACUCUGUAUUUUUCACUUCUUUGAAUGUUCCCAUUUUUCCACUUUUCAGUUUACUGGUCCACUCCGUCCCGCCCGUGUUUCCGAACGUAGAACUGUUCCGGAACACAUUUUGCGUCCGGAUUACGCCCUUCAUCCGCAAGGGGUCUCUCUGGAGGAAAGACAGUCGAAGAGCGAGAGAAUCAUAAAAGUGCUCGACGAAGAAGAGAAGGAGGGCUUGAAAGUGGCGUGCAAGCUGGGAAGAGAGUGUCUGAACGAGGCCGCCCGUGCCUGUGAGCCCGGUAUUACCACCGACGAGCUGGAUCGUGUGGUGCACGAGGCUGCAAUUGAAAGAGACUGUUACCCGAGCCCUCUCGGAUAUUACAAGUUUCCAAAAAGUUGCUGCACUUCCGUGAACGAAGUCAUCUGCCACGGCAUCCCAGAUUUGCGGAAGUUGGAGAACGGAGACCUCUGCAACGGUUGGUACCACUUCGAACGUUUCUUUUCUAACCGAUAACGCAUUUUCAGUGGACGUGACUGUGUAUCAUCGUGGAUUCCACGGAGAUCUGAACGAAACGUUCCUCGUGGGCAAUAAGGUCGACGAAGAAUCCCGAAAACUGGUGCAAGUGACUUAUGAAUGUCUUCAGCAGGCUAUCGCCAUCGGUAAAUAAUCCAAUUGUUCCGCCCAAAUAUCCUCACGAAUUCAGUCAAACCCGGCGUCAAGUUCCGCGAAAUCGGCAACGUAAUCCAGAAGCAUGCGAAUGCGAACGGGUUCUCAGUCGUCAAGGGAUAUUGUGGUCACGGAAUCCAUCGUCUCUUCCACACUGCUCCCAAUGUGCCACAUUAUGCCAGUCAGCCAGCACUUUUCCCUUAAUUUCCUAUUUGAUCACUAUAUUAUUGCAGAGAACAACGCGACGGGAAUAAUGAAAGCAGGCAACUCGUUCACCAUUGAACCGAUGAUCAACGCGGGCGCUUAUCACGACGACAAAUGGCCUGAUGACUGGACUGCUGUGACGGUUUGAUACCCUCCUGCCGGGUAGAUAAUCAAAGUGGUAUUGCAGAGAGACGGAAAACGUUCUGCUCAAUUCGAACAGACUCUUCUGGUGACGGACACCGGUUGCGAGAUUCUGACGGCCAGAGAGGGCGGACGUCCGUGGUUCAUGGAUCAGAUCGAACAAAAGUAUUGA